CUAGUACCGUAUGUGCAGAAAAAGUAUUAUCUAUGACGUCUUCAUGAUAUGCGAAACUUGGUUUUGUUUGUGAUGGAGAAGAAUCAACUGAUCGUAGUCUCACCUCAUGUAUAUUUCUCUAUAUAAGGGGUACCGUCAAUCACUUUGGGAGAGGUUCUAGAUAUCUGAGAGCUCAUAAACCAUGGCUAAUGCGACCAUAAUGGUGCUGAAGGUGAACCUUCAAUGCCAUGAAUGCUACAGGAAGGUCAAAAAAGUUCUCUGUAGUUUUCCUCAAAUACAAGACCAGGUGUACGAUGAGAAGCAAAACACAGUGACAAUCAAAGUGGUCUGCUGCUGCGACCCUGAAAAGAUGAAGCAAAAGAUACUCUGCAAGGGCAAAGCAGUCAUCAAGAGCAUUGAGAUCAAAGUCCACAAAAAGAAAGAAAAAGAAGAUAAGGCUUCGAAUACCGAGGACAAGGACAAGAAGAAUGCAGAUGAAACAAAAGAUAAAAAUCAGCAAACAAACCUACCUCCACGUCCUGUUCAGCUGGUGCCUUGCGUGCCUUUUGUGCCGGUAUGCCCAGUUCCCGGAGCCGGCCCGUUUCGUCGCACGUGCUGCAGGGAAUGCUACGAAGGCCGCGUCGGUGGGCCAUGCUUCGAAGGUUAUGAUAAUAAUUGGGCAGCUGGCCCGUUUCGUCGCACGUGCUGCAGGGAAUCAAUCAACUUCUCAUGA